GCCCAAACGUUACCGCCCAAAGAACGUAAACGCGGAAAUGUGCAAAAUAACUUAACAAAAUUAAAUUAAUUACCUAAAAAAAAAUCAAAAACAAUAUUUUGUGAAUUUUUAAACUUAUCUCUAAUUGUUCAAGUCCUUCAUUACCUAAACCAGCCAGCUUCGUGCCUCCCUAGUGAAAAGUACCAAUUUUGAAAAUGUUCCUCUCACCAAGUGUUUGUGUAGUUCUACCAGUGUUAAAUAGUGAUUGUUGAAACUUAAUGUGGAGUUUAGAAUGUAGGCAAGAUGAGGAGAUGGCAUGCGGUGUGGUGUUUCCUCAUUUGGAUGAUGCCGAUGCCGACAGAAAACUUUCGGACGCAAGAGUUGAGUUUGAUACCUCCGAAGAUCCAACCAACGCCAAAAACGCAGACUCAGAAAGUGGACCUCCCGAAAGUUAUUCCGAAUUCGAUUUCGGAGUUUUUCGGGCAGACGAAAAUGGAGAGUCCAGCUACCACCGUGACUACUACUGCUGUAGAUGAUGUCCAAGUUUUGGACGUCACUACAAGGGGGGUGACUGUCAGUUUGGCUUAUUCAGAAGACCCGGAGCCGCCAGACUUGCAGUAUCCAGUACAGCACGCUGGUCUGCCGCAGAAGCUGGAGGUGUUCCCGCUGCCGCUGAAGAACUCAGACCAUGAGCUCAACUUCAACGUGUCCUGGAUACCUUCCAGAGGCGGGGCCGCUAGGGACUAUUCUCUGGAGGUGCGCAGUGUGACGGAUACAAUUGAUUGUCACUCGCCCAUGUGCUACGAAUAUAACAUUCCUGGGGAGGCGACAUGGUGGUUAAUACCAGCCUUCUCGAACAACGUGGCCGAGACAUGUGCAGUGCGCCCCGGCUGCGCUUACAUGGUGAGGCUCAUCGCACACCCGUGGGACGGACAUACUUCUGCUAACCUACAUGUCGAGUUGGAUGAAUGUGUGGUAGGUGUAUGCUCUUGCGCACACUCGCCCCGCCUCCCGGCGCCGGUCGUGUCCGCCGAAACAGUUACUGUUCAGGGCGAGAUGUUCGCCAAUGUGAGCUGGACUCUGCCGUUGCCGAGCUAUCCUCAAAGACUGCCUUCUGCUAAGUUGGGCAAGCAGAGCUAUAUUGUCAGUCUUGGCAAACAAAUGGUCUCGGACGCCCAUCCGUCACCAUGGUUUGCAAACACCAUUACUCGACACGUGGACACCGAUGGGUUCGUGUCAGAAGGUGACUCAACCCGUUGGUUGCUCCUACCAGUGAGCGACCGCAGUGUCGAGCGGAGCGACGACCGCAGCGGAGAGCGGACAAAGCGAAUGAAGAAUACAGCGCCUAAAGUGAAGCUUUUGGCUAGAGUUAAUUUGGUAGAUGAUAGGGGGUGUGUUGGACCGGCGGGAAAUGCUACUGCUUUUGAUCCCGAUGCUCCUUCAUCAAGCAAUUUCGCAUUUGGAACCUAUGCGAUAUUAGGCGCACUUCUCGGCGCCUGGCUAAUGGGCGCGGUGUUCGUGCUAAGCGCGCGGGUAGUCAAACGCGUGCUCAAGUCAUUCCGCCCCGCUCCCGUCUCCGCUCCGCUUGAGGCACUAAGUCGUCGCCCUGCUUGGUUCCCACUGCAGUUGCGUACAAAUAAUGAGAUUCCUGUGCGAGGCCAAAUGGAAGAGAGUCCGCUUUACACGCAGAAACAGUUUGAGAUUGAAGAGGAAGCCGGUGACGAGUGGGAGGUGAGCAGAUCCCGAGUACAUCUAGGGGCUCUGAUCGGCAGCGGUGCAUUCGGGAGGGUACAUGCGGCACAGCUAGACAUGCCAGGAGGGGAAACUAUUACUGUCGCCGCUAAGAUGCUCACAGAUGAAGUCACAGAGGAAGAGACGCAAGACUUUCUCCGUGAGAUUGAGAUGCUCAAACACGUGGGGUCACACAAGCACGUGAUCAGACUGAUUGCCUGUUGUACCAGGAGGGCGCCUCUCAUUGCACUCCUCGAACAUGCACCCAGAGGGGACCUACUGUCCCUCCUCCGAGCUGCCAGAGGCAAGAGGAAAGAAAGCCAAGCCUCUAAUGUCACUAGGAGAGUUGAUAGCUCCCAAGGAAGACCGUCCGAAGCUGAUUCCGAGUACACGAACCUAAGUGAUUCGGAUCCCGCGCUUUCAGAAGGUUAUGGGAAAUUGUACAUAGAUUGUGAUAAGAAGAAGGACCAUUAUGUAGCUGAACCUGCCCUUCAGUUGGAUGGCAGUACCAUGAGGGAAUAUGCUCUACAAGUCGCGCUUGGCAUGCGACAUUUAGAAGAAAGAGGAAUAACACACAGAGACCUAGCAGCCCGGAACAUCCUUGUGGACGGGGCUGGGAUACUGAAAGUGGCAGACUUCGGCCUAUCCAGGUCUGGUGUGUAUGUGCACACGAGAUCCAGGCCCGUGCCACUCCGGUGGUUAGCCCCUGAAGCUAUUCUUCACUCCCAGUACUGCACAGCCAGCGAUGUAUGGGCAUUUGCCGUUUUGCUGUGGGAAAUCGCAACUUUAGGAGGUUUCCCAUACGCUGAGCUCAGCAACUUGCAAGUUCCUCCAUUCCUAGCAGGGGGUGGGCGUCUUCCAAAGCCGGUGAGAGCCUCGCCAAGACUGUACCAGCUGAUGGUGGAAUGUUGGGCAGAAAACCCCAUAGAUCGCCCAACGUUUGCCCAAAUCGUGGAUAAACUGACAGUUCAAAAGCAACUGUAUGUAGACUUGGACUGCGUAUUCCCUCCUUCUGAAGACGAAGUCGAGGGCCUAAGAGACUUCGAUUUCAAUAUGGCGGACGCCAACGGUCAAAACGACCGGUGACCUAUGUAAAGACUGAAUAUUUUUAUUGUUAUUAUUGUCACCCUAUUUGCACAGUACACGUUUGUGAUAAAUCAAAA